UCGACCUGAUCAGUGAUCGAAUGUAAUAAGUUUGUGUCAGUAAGUUUUUUAUUUUGCAAGAAUUUCUUUUUCCCAAGUAAAAAUGGACAGCCAUAUGUUGGCCAUGGCCAAUGAUCAUCACCAUAAUCAUCACCAUGGAUUAUCAAUGGAUCAAAUGGAUGAUGAUCAAAAUAUUGUUGAUUCAUCAAGUGAUGAAUCAACAUUACCAACCGAAUCAGCAUCACGAAUCAAACAUCGAAAAUCAUCAUUGAAAACAUCGAAAAAAACAACAACAUUAUCAAUGGUAACAAAUAAUGAUCGAUAUCAACGAACACCAAAAUGUGCACGUUGUCGUAAUCAUGGUGUUGUUUCUGCAUUGAAAGGACAUAAAAGAUUUUGUCGUUGGAAAGAUUGUUUAUGUGCAAAAUGUACAUUGAUUGCUGAAAGACAACGUGUUAUGGCUGCACAGGUAGCACUUCGUCGUCAACAGGCACAAGAAGAAAAUGAAGCCCGUGAAAUGGGUAUCCUAUAUGGAUGUCAAGAUGGUUUAGUUGCUAUGCAUAAAGCUGGAUUAACAUUAUCAGCAGCAAUGGCACAAUUGAUACAACAUCAAACAUCAACAACAACUACAGCAGCUGCAUCAAAAGAUAUUGUUGAUGGUGUUACAUCAACAAAUCUAAUGAUUACAAAUGGAGAUAAUGAUGAUGAUCAUCAUCAUGGUGGAACAUCAUCAUUUUUAUCCAUUACAAAUGAAAAUGACGACGAUGAAGAUGAUGAUGAUGAUAAAAAACAAGAAAAAAUUGAUCCAACAACAUCAAUUAUGAUGGCUGAUCAUGAUGAUGAUGAUCAAAUGUUAUCCGCU